CAUAAACAAAGUAGAAUGGCUAUUACAAACAAAUGCUGAAAGCCAUCAUCAGCUUUUGAAGCAAGGUUUUUGGUUGUUUGUUUGUUUUAGGUAAGGGAAACCCUGAUAUUAUAGUGUAAGUGAAAAAAAAAACUGCCAGACAGAGAAAACUGUAGAUGGUUAACUGUUCAACCCAAGAAUAGUGUCAAUACAACUGAAAUUAGCCUGGUUAGAGAUCAUCGAGGUUGAUAUAUAUCGAUAUAUCUUUGGUAAAAAUGGAUCAGGAGGAAUAUCAGGAACAUUCUUCUGGUAGAAAAUCGUUUCAUAAGAUGAGGCUGUUUCAUCCAGAUAAAAGACUUCUUGGAGAGAAUCAACAGCUACCUAGUCCUUCAAUUGAUUGUCAAUCGGAAGAGUUGCUUGAUCUUGAAGAGUCCAAUAACACCUCCAAUGCUACGUAUAAUAAACAUAAUGAAUCAAUAUUUGAUGAUACUUAUUAUUUCCCAAGUUUAACUAAAGAAAAUGAAUUAAUUGUAAAAUUUGAUGAAACAAACCCUGAUUUAAUUAAUAAUGCAACUUUAAAAGCGUUAUUGGUUCAAUUAACUUCACCGGAAGUUAUUGACUAUAAUUUUAUUUGUGAUUUUUUUCUAACUUAUAGAAUUUUCACUGAUAGUCAUACUAUUUUAACAUUACUAUUAACUAGAAUAAUUUGGUCAUUGCAAUAUAUAAAUACUAAACAAGAAUCAAACGUCAAAUUAGGGAAAUUGGUUUUGUUAAGAACAUUUGUUGUAUUGAGACAUUGGUUAUUAAAUUACUUUGUUGAUGAUUUUAAAACAAAUUUAUACUUAUGUGAUACUUUCAUAUAUAAUAUGAAUCAAAUAACUAAUGAAUCAAAUUUAAUCAAUGAAGAAAUGAUUUUUGAAAAAAAAAUUAUUGGUGAUUUGAAAAAUCAUUGGAUCUCUCUAAUAAAUGAAUUUUGGAAUAUAAAUUUACCGACUCAGAAUAUUUUAAGUUAUUCAUUACCAAUCAUGUCAGAAAUUACCUCAAUUAAGAAAAUAUCAAAAUCAAACACUGAAAUAUCAAUCCACACCAAUCCUUCAUUUAGAAGAUCAGCAAUGUUAUCACUAUAUGAUCAAAAAAUUCAUCAUAAAAUGUUGAUUUUUGAUGAUUCAAAUUCAAUUAAUGAAAAUCCUCAAUUUUCAAUUAAUAAUUUACUUUUACAACAUCAAAGUUCAAGAAUUUCUCUUAAUAAUAAACUACAAGAUCAUAAAUCUCAAAAUAAACAAGUUAUUAAGAAAAAGGCUCAAAAUAAACAUAAUCAUAUGAAUUUAAAAGAUUCUUCAGUGGUUUUAAAGAAAACUUCAAAUCAACAAGAUGUUUCUAAUGAUGAAAAUAUCGGGUUUUCCACUAAUGGUAAUAUUAAAUUACCCUCUUCCAAAAUUCAAUCAAUUGUUCCUCCUACUCCAGUUAAAAAAAUGGAUUAUAUCUUGAAAAAUUCUUUAACUAGUUCUCCUAAAAGAAAAAGUAAUGACCCCUUUGAUUUAACUGAACCUUUCAAAAAUGAUUUAAAUCGUAAAAACUCAAUCAAAAAAUUGGUUGAUGGUUGGAGGAAAACUUUCAAUCAUAAACAAUCGGAUUCUUCCAAUGAUUUGAAUCAUUUAAUCAAUAACGCAAUCAACGUCAUAAAUAAAGAUGAUGAAAUAAAAAUUGGUAACAGAGUAGAUAUAUUAAGUGCCAGAAUAAUUGAUGAAUUAGAAUAUUUAAUUCGUUUUUAUUUCAAAAAUUCAAAUGAUACUAUUAAUGAAAUCCCUGAUUUAAAUCAAAAUGAUGAAUUUGUUGAUGUCAAUGAUUAUGAUGAUACUGAAAGUUCUCCAACUAAAAAAUCAAAAACAACUUCAAAAAUUUCAAAUGAUAAUAUCACAAUUAAUGAUUUAUCAGAUUUAAAUAUAGUUAAGAUCGAUAACUUGAUUAAUAUCGAAAACUCUCCUCGUGAUAUGGAUAAACAUGAAUCUUUUCAAAGACCGGUUCUGAUUAAUUGGAAUGAUGAUGAUAAUCUUGAUAACUCAAACUUUGUAAAUGGAAAUGAUGAUAUUGAAAAUAAUGGAAAUGAUGAUAUUGAAACUAGUUCAAAAUUUGAUUUCAGUCCCUCAAAUAAUGUGAGUCAUGAUAUGGGUUCUACUCAUGAAAUUAAUCCUUCUAGUAAUCACGAGAUCAGUCCUACUAGUAAUAUAAGUCCUUCUAGUAACGAUAUCGGCUCCUCUAGUCAUGAAAUCAGUCCAUCAACUAUAAAUAAUGAAGACAUUUCGAGUAAAAGACUAGCAAAAGCUAGCACUCAAUACUUUGAUGUUAGUAGUGAUCUACCAAAAUCAAAUCGUUCUCAAAAUUCUUAUAACUCUUCAAUAUCAACUCCAAGUAAUAUAACCCAAUAUGAUGCUGAAAUUGCUGAUUUAGGAAUUGCAAUUAGUCCAAUAUCUAAUAAUAAAGUUGCAAAGAGAAUUAGUUUUUCUGAAAAUGUCGAUAAUAACAAACCAAUGAGAAGCUUAUCAAGUAAAUCUAAUCAUUCAAUGAUGAGAAGAGAUUCUUAUAAGUCUUAUAUUAGUUAUGAUUCAGCAAUUUCAUUUUCAAAUAAUCACGAAAAUCAAACCAAUAAAGAAAAUUAUUUCGAAAAUGGAUUAAAGAAAAAAACUGGUUGUAAUAACUUAAGAGGUGCAGUUAAUCAUAAAAAUAAUGAAAGUAAUGGUAGCAAUACCACUAAUUCUACCAAUGAUAUGAACUCACUUGAUUUACCUGUUAAAGUUACAACCACUUCAUUAAGUUCAAUUGCAUCAAGAUCAUCAACUAGGAAAAGUAUUAGAGUUAGUACUUUAGGAGCUUUGACUGAACUUCCAUUUACUAAUCUGAAUGAAUCGAGCAUGUCCCUUUUUCAACAGAAAAAGAGAAACUCUGUCUUACCUCAAAGAUCUUCUAAAACUUCUGAUGUUGGUGAUAGUUCGAUUUUUUCUGUUGUUGCUAAAAGUAGAGGUGCUUCAAUUAAAGAGGAUAAAAAGCUUGAAAAUUCAAGUAAUAAGACUCCGAGUAUGGAUUCUUCAACUAAUUCAGUUGCCAUUCCUGGUAUUAGCAAUUAUGUUUUGAAGGAAUUAGCUGCUAUCCCCGACGAAUCUUUCAAAACAAAUGAUCCAAUUGAGUUUGCAUUAUAUAAAUUAGAAGGUAGAAGAUCAAUAAUUUCAAAUAAUGAUAAAAAUUUAACCAAUCUUGAACGAUUAGAUAAUUUGAAUAAGGAAUCAGAAACUCACAGUGAAAAAUUUGAGGAAACUGAUAUUAUGGAUCAAAUUGCUAACGCUAAUACCGAAGAUGCCAUAAGCUACUCAACCGAUGUUGCUAAUUUAACUCAAGAACAACCAUUAACUCCACGAAGACCAAAUACUACAAUGACAUAUAAAAAAUCCACUAAAAUGAAAAAGCUAUUAUCGAUUUCACCAAAAGAUGAAUUCAAUCUUAACAGCAAUAAGGAUGACAUUUUUUAUUUUGGUAAUUCCAAUUCGAAUGAAAAUUCAAAUUCAAACUCAAAUAGUCAAACUAGCAGUCCGAUUUUCUUACCAACACCAAAAGUCAUUUUGGAUGGUUAUCAUAUAUCAUCAGAUUUAUUAUCGGUGAUGAACGUUAUGAAUAAUGAUUCACAUAUCUCAUUUAUAUUAAGUUAUGAUUCUACAUCAUUAGCAAAUCAUUUCACCAUAAUUGAAAAAGAUAUGUUACAAGAAAUUGAUUGGAAAGAAUUAAUCGAAUUGAAAUGGAAUCAAGAAUUAACUCCAGUUAAUAGUUGGUUAGAAAUUAUCGUUAACGAAGAAUAUUAUAAUGAAAAUAAAGGAGUUAAUUUAGUUAUAUCGAGAUUUAAUUUAAUGGUGAAUUGGAUCAUUUCCGAAAUAUUAUUAACAAAGGAUCAAGAAGAACGAAUUAAUAUCAUCUCACGAUUCAUUCACAUUGCUCAAAAAUGUUUAGAUUUACAAAAUUUUUCAUCAUUAAUGCAAAUCAUUUUAGCUUUGACUAGUGAAAAAAUCCAAAAAUUAAAAGAUACUUGGAAUAACCUAGCACCGGGUGAUAUACUAACGUUGAAAAAUUUGGAAGACUUAGCCUCUCCAUUCAAAAACUUUUUGAACAUUAGAUUAUGUAUUAAUCAAAUCAAACCUUCUAAAGGUUGCAUACCAUUUGUUGGAUUAUACUUGUCAGAUUUAAUUUUCAAUGCCGAAAGACCCAAAUAUGUUAAGAAAAAGGCAACCCCAAAGAGAGAAUUUUCCUCUCCCGAUAAUGAUAGCAUAUUUGCAUCGCCUCCUCAAAUUCCUGCCAACCAUGCUCGCGAUGACAUUUCUUUUGCUGAUGGUAAUAGCAUUAGUGGAUCUAUCGGUGAAGCUACAGUAAUGAAUUCCUCAAUCAAUACUGCCACUGGUUUUGGUAAUGGUACCAUAAAUUCGGACGAUGAUGAGCAAUUAAUUAAUUUUUCAAGAUUUAGAACUUCGGUCCAUAUUGUGAAAUCAUUAUCCCAAUGCAUCGAAUGGUCUACUCAUUACAAAAUGAACAUCAACAACGAACUAUUAAGUAAGUGUCUUUACGUCAAGUCCUUAGACGAAGAAGAAAUGAAUUUUUGUCUUAAAAAAUCGUUGCAAUUGCAAUAA